GGCAAACAACAACACAAACAACCUCGCCCUGCGUUCCAUUCUGGAUAAAGAUAAAUUGAACGGAACAAACUUUGUUGACUGGCAACGCAAUCUCUGCAUUGUUCUCCGCAUGGAUGAGAAAGAGUAUGUGCUCGAAAAGCCCAUUCCUCCUGCCCCUCCCGCUAACGCCCCGAAAGCGGUCAAAGAUGCCUACGAGAAACACGUUAAGGAUGACAACCAGGUUAGCUGUGUCAUGCUGGCUACCAUGAAGGAGCUGGCAACGGACCUGAUCCUGCAGUCGCUCCCUGAGCUGUAUAAGGGUUUUGUCAUGAACUACAUGAUGCAUGAUCUUGACAAACCCCUUUCGGAACUUCUUAAAAUGCUCCAGACUGCAGAAGAGAACCUUACUAAGGGCAAGGGUGCUUCCGUCCUUAUGGUCCAAGGCGGAAAGGGGAAGCCGAAGAAGGGGAUUAAGAUUAAGGCUAGGACGGUCGGAAAGCCUAAAUCGAAGUCCACUUCAUCUGCAACCCAGAAACCUAUAGGAGGAGUUGCAAAGGGCAAAUGUCAUCACUGUGGUAAGGUAGGCCACUGGAGAAGAAACUGCAAGACAUACCUCGCAACCAAGAAGAAGGAAGGUACGACCAUUUCUUCUGAGGUGUAUGUUAUAGAAGUUAACAUGUCUAUAUCUUCAUCAUGGGUACUAGAUACUGGAUGUGGGUCUCAUAUCUGUACUACCAUGCAGGGACUGAAGCAGAGUAGACGGUUAGCUCGAGGCGAGAUU